GUAUCGUAUCGUAUCGAAAUUCGUGUACCUAAAUAUAGCCGCCUAUUCGAAACAAAAAUUGAUAAAAAUGCGACGAAGUAUGGCUCCUAGCCAAAAUCGGGAAUUUAAAUUACAUCCAUGUUGCGAUUUUACACCACCCCUUCAAAACAAACGAAAACGUAGGUGUCCGGAGGAAAAUUUGGUAAAUAAAACUCGGAGUUCGCGCGUCGUGCCAAUAAGUGAAUAUGAACAAGCAAUUGCCAAGAUACUUUCGCGGCCAUUUAAAGUGCCUAUCGCUGACUAUGUGCCAGAUUACAAUGGUGGUAAUCGAUGCCUUGGGAUGCGGCGCAGCAAUGUACGAAAGGCAUUGCACGAUCCACAUGCGUGCAAUGCUUUGGUAUUGCAUAUUCCUCCCAAUUAUACAGAACAUCAACGCAUUACAUUGGAUGCUAACAAAAUACAAGUACAUGUAGUAGUUGAUCCACUACUAAGCAAUAUUCUGCGCCCACAUCAGCGCGAAGGGGUUCGUUUCAUGUACGAAUGCGUCCAAGGGCUUCGUGGUGUAUUCAAUGGCUGUAUUAUGGCCGAUGAAAUGGGUUUAGGGAAGACUUUACAAUGUGUAACACUAGUAUGGACGCUACUUCGACAGAGUCCUGACUGCAAGCCGACCAUUUCAAAGGUUAUCGUAGUGUCACCAUCAUCAUUGGUCAAAAACUGGGAAAAAGAGUUCACUAAAUGGUUGCAUGGGCGCUUACAUUGUCUUGCUAUUGAAGGUGGCGCAAAAGAAGACACAAUUCGUGCACUGGAACAGUUUGUGGUGGAUAGCGGACAACGCUGUGGUGCCCCAGUACUAUUGAUCAGCUAUGAAACCUUUCGCAUUUAUGCAAAUAUUCUAUGUCGUAAUGAAAUGGGCAUGGUUAUCUGUGAUGAAGGUCACCGCUUGAAAAAUAGUGAUAAUCUGACAUAUCAAGCUCUUAUGGGGUUGAAGACAAAGCGACGAAUUUUACUCUCUGGCACACCAAUACAGAACGAUCUAACUGAAUACUUUAGUUUAGUAAACUUCGUAAAUCCGGAAAUGUUGGGCUCAGCGACGGACUUCAAGCGAAAUUUUGAAAAUGCUAUACUACGUGGCCAAAACGCAGAUUCUACAGAUAAAGAACGCGAGCGAGCAGUAGAGAAAACACAGGAGCUAAUAGGUCUUGUGAAUCAAUGCAUCAUACGCCGCACGAAUCAGAUAUUAACAAAAUAUUUGCCUGUUAAGUUUGAAAUGGUAAUAUGUGCGAAACUUACUCAAAUGCAAAUGGAUUUGUAUAGAAACUUCAUAAAAUCAGAUAAAAUACGAAGAAGUCUUACAGAUUGCAAUGAAAAGACCUCUCUAACUGCUCUUGCCAACAUCACGACGAUGAAAAAACUGUGUAGUCACCCAGAUCUAAUUUACGAAAAGGUUUUGGCACGCGAGAAUGGUUUCGAAAACUCUCAAGAUUUCUUUCCUGCAAACUAUAAUCCAAAGGAGUUUAAUCCAGAAUUGAGUGGUAAAUUUAUGCUCCUGGACUUCAUGCUAGCGUCUAUACGCACAAACAGUGACGAUAAGGUAGUCCUUAUUUCGAACUAUACACAAACACUAGAGUUAUUCGAAAAACUUGCGCGUAAAAGAAGGUACACCUACGUUCGGCUUGAUGGUUCCAUGACCAUCAAGAAACGCAGCAAAGUUGUGGAUAAGUUCAACGAUCCGCUAUCCGAUUGUUUUCUCUUUAUGUUGAGUUCCAAGGCUGGUGGCUGUGGUUUGAAUUUAAUUGGCGCGAACCGUCUUUUCAUGUUCGAUCCAGAUUGGAAUCCGGCAAAUGAUGAGCAGGCAAUGGCUCGAGUUUGGCGGGAUGGACAAAGGAAACCAUGUUACAUAUAUCGUUUGGUUGCUACAGGCUCGAUUGAAGAAAAAAUACUACAACGACAAACUCACAAAAAAUCACUGUCAAGCACUAUAAUCGAUCAUAAUAAGAGUGACGAAAAGCAUUUCACACGUGACGAUCUGAAAGACCUAUUCCGAUAUGAAGAAGAUAUCCUUUCCGACACGCAUAUAAAAUUAAAAUGCAAACGCUGCGUAAAUAACAUACAAAUGCAACCACCUCCUGAGGAUAGUGAUUGUACAUCUCAUUUGUCGCAAUGGUAUCAUUGCUCGAACAAUAAAGGACUGUCGGACAGUACAUUAUCGCAGGCAUGGCUAACAAGUAAAUGUGUUUCUUUCGUUUUCCACCAUCGAUCGCAAAUUGAGGUACAGCCAAAGGAGGAAUCUACAGAUAAAGAAAGUAUGCAGGUCGAUUGUGGUAAGGAAAAUAUGAAUAAAAAACAUAGUAAGUGCAAAAAGGAUGUGGAUGACGACUACUCCGAUUAUGAACCAGAUGAUCCAGCUGAUAGUGAUUAUGAGUAGAUUUAUGACGCGUGUAUUUUGCUGCCCUAUUAGAAAUGGUUACUAUAAGUAGUACAAAUCCAUAGUUCAUAAACACUUGUAUAUCGUUACCUUAAUAUACAUAGAAAAGCCCUAUCUCACAUCGUCGCUGAAAUACAAAACGCAGUUUGAUUGAUUGUGAUACUUUAAUAAUUCGCGCAACACUGCUCGAACAAGGCCUUAGUUAUGGCUUUUUGCAUAUCAGCGACGAUGUGGGUAUACUAAGGUAACGAUAUGUACAUGUUCUGAACAGUUAAAACGUUCGCAAAGUUAUAUGUAAAGCCGAAUUUCAUUUUAAUAUAAUUUAGGCAGGUACUGCAAUUCACUCCGGAGUGAAUUUCAACCAAAGUCACUUUGAAUUCAAAUGAAUGGGAGGUGAAUUGCAGAACCUACUUCAUUAAACAUAUACAAAUAAUGAGGUAAGAAUGAUAGAAUACAAGAUUGCGCCGUCCUGGCGGCGACGACAUUUUUCAAGUAAAAGUAAACAAAGCCGAAUAGGAGGAUAGAACAAACUGUUAGAAGAGUAAAUUUUCUUAUAUUCAAAUUUUCGAUAGAAAACGUGGUUUAAUUGUGUUAAAUUGUAAAGAUAUAUCAUUUAUAAAAAUAAAAAUGGUAAAAAACGGCGGUUUUAGUGAAAAUAUUAAGGCCCCGCCAGAUAGAAAUUCUUUUCUGCGUCUUAUAUUCAAAUUUUCGAUAGAAAACGUGGUUUAAUUGUGUUAAAUUGUAGACAUAUGAUUUAUAAAAUUAAAAAAUAAAAAUGGUAGAAAACGGCGAUUUUUGUGAAAAUAUUAAGGCCCCGCCAGAUAGAAAACCUUUUCUGCGUCACAGGGAUGCUUUUAACUAACAUCCAAGUUAACUCUGUGAUUUUGAAUAGAAGACGCCACAUUGGGAAGACGUGCAUUGCCGCAACUGAUAAAAUUCGUCAUAUGCGGCAAAACAACAACAACAACAAAAAUGUAUGGAACGGAUGAUUUUUGACCAAUCAAAUUUAGUCAAAGCAUCUCUCUGGCACAGAAAACACUUUUUAUCUGGCGGGGCCUUUAGUGAAUUUCAAUGCAUUUAAAAUUUCUGAGGCGAUGUUUACUUUUACUUUUACUUGAAUUGUCAAAAUCGGCAAAACCAAUGUAGCGGUACGUCUGAUGGCUCUAACUUUGUUCUCUGCGUCGUGAUAAUAAGGUACACUUAUUGUAUAUGUAUGUAGGCCACCGAUGUUUCCGAAAUAAAAAUUUCUGUUCAGAUUACAUAGCUUAAUGCUAAAGCUGAAACAUUUUGGAGGUCAACUGUAAAUGCUGUAAAUACUUAAAAUGUAUGCAUGUAUGUAUAUGUUUACAUUUACAUGUAAUAUAAGUCAUAUUUCACUUGUAGUUAAAAUAAUGUUACUCUUCAAAGAGUCUUUCAAUGUUGCUGAAUUUAAUUUAUCUUCUCUGUGUGUUUAAUAAACA